AUGAGACCCGAAGAUGCGCCAUAUAUUGGUGAUGCUAUCAUGCAAGGAUUAUUGCAGAUUAUGCAAAGAUGCGCUGGCAAGGAAUGUGGUGGCGUCAUGGAAGAUGCACUGAUGGCAGUUAGUACACUUAUCGAAGCCGGCCUCUGUAACCACGAAGAAGCACAGGUGUGCUCGGCCGCAAUCGGUGUUCUCGUUGAUUUAUGUCGAGCGUUAGAAGUCAAUUUGAUGCCUCAUUUGGAUGAAUUCAUCACAUUACUCAUUCAAAUUGUACAGAGUGAUAAGGUGGAAAAAUUGGUGAAACCAGCAGUGCUUUCGUGCUUUGGCGAUGUUGCACUAGCAAUUGGACCUAAUUUUAGCCGUUAUUACGAUUAUGCAACGAAAAUACUGAAUAUGGCUAUCGCUACUGCAAAAACUGACGAAAAGAAAAACAAGGCAUGA